GGGCGGGGCAGCAGUUCCUUUCGGGCCUCGCUGGACGCGCGGGACUCACUCGGAGCUUGGCCGCCGCCGCGGAGGGAGAGGAAGCCGCAGCCGCCCCGAGCAGCCUCGCACCGGCCGCCGUCUCUUUCUCCUCGCCCUGCAUCACCCACAGAGCCAUGGCAUCCGGCGUGGCUGUCUCCGACGGCGUCAUCAAGGUCUUCAAUGACAUGAAGGUACGCAAAGCUUCUACCCCGGACGAGGUGAAGAAACGCAAGAAGGCAGUGCUUUUCUGCCUCAGUGAGGACAAGAAGAACAUUAUUCUGGAAGAGGGGAAGGAGAUUCUGGUGGGGGAGGUGGGGGACACCAUUGAAGACCCCUACCUGCACUUCGUCAAGAUGCUGCCCGACAAGGACUGCCGCUACGCCCUCUACGACGCUACCUAUGAAACCAAGGAGAGCAAAAAGGAGGACCUUGUCUUCAUCUUCUGGGCGCCAGAAUGUGCCCCCCUGAAGAGCAAGAUGAUUUAUGCCAGUUCUAAGGAUGCCAUCAAGAAGAAACUUACAGGGAUCAAGCACGAGAUGCAAGUAAACUGCCUCGAGGAAGUGAAGGACCGCUCCACCCUGGCGGAGAAAUUGGGCGGCAACUGCGUCAUCAGCUUGGAGGGCAAGCCCUUGUGAGCCCUCCCCUCCCCUCGUGCCAGCGUCUCCGGAGCUUCCAUGUUAAUGGCCCUGUGCUACCGUUUGGGGUUUGGUGGGCGGGAUGUGGGGUGGGUUCCCCUUUUUAGUUACGUUUCAUUUUUCUGCCUUCUCACCUUUCCCCCCUCUGGUGCGCCCCUCCCACGAAGAGCAGCUGCCUCCGCUGUGCAGCUGCUGCUGAAACUUGCCAAACCGGCUACGACUCGGCCUCCCCCCCCCCCUUUUCCCCCCCCCCCCCCUCCAGGGGCCUUCCCUUGGGGGGGCCCCCCCCCCUUCCCCCCCCCCCCCCACUCGGUGGGGACCCUCAGCUUUCUCCAUUCCAGCGGUGGGACCGCUUUUGAGCAGGACUCCACUCCUAGCCAAGGCUUGCGGGGGGUGGGGAGGUAGGUAUCUGAAGGCAUAGGGUUCAGUAUAGAGCCCCCAUUCCAGAAUUAGUCCGUCAUUCCCAGUGUACGAUUUUUUUUAUUGGUCUCUGUAUGUGUGUUUUGGAAAUCCAUGUGGAAUGGCAGCUGUGUUCCCAGCCCCUCCUCACCCCCCCUCCCAGUGAUCCACUCCCCCUCUUAACUGCCAUAAAGGCUUUGUGCUUGUCUGUAGUACUGUGUAUAAAUGAGAUAUUGUGGAGAAAGCUUCGCCCUCUCGAAGUUGCGGGGUGAAAGUAACAGAACAAUGGAAGCAGCACCAAUGAUCUUCAAUAAAAAAAAAUUAAUGCUC